ACGCGACGCACUGACAUGUGACGCCAGCAUGGAAGAUUGCGACCUCGGCCGAUACCGCGACAUGAUCAUCGAGGGCGAGCUGCCGCUGGACCUGCGUCCGCCGCCGCGUCUCUAUCUGCAACACUACCUGCGCGACCGGGAUUAUCCGCACGACGACACCUACGUCACCGUCGAUGAGGACGCACCCGAAGCGUCCGACCCGCCGCCGCCUUCCAGCGACUCGGAGCGCUACGACGCGCCCAGCCCCGAUGACGCCAAGCCGCGCUCCGCUUCACCCAAGAAGCCCAAGCAGAAGUCCUCUUCGCAGCUCAUCAAGCCACCUUAUUCGUACAUUGCGCUCAUCACGAUGGCUAUCCUGCAGUCGCCGCACAAGAAACUCACGCUAAGUGGCAUCUGUGAGUUUAUCAUGACGCGCUUCCCCUACUAUCGCGAGAAGUUCCCCGCCUGGCAGAACUCGAUACGUCACAACCUCAGCCUGAACGACUGUUUCAUCAAGAUCCCUCGCGAGCCGGGUAACCCUGGCAAAGGCAACUACUGGACGCUAGACCCGCUCGCCGAGGACAUGUUCGACAACGGUAGCUUCCUGCGCCGGCGUAAACGCUACAAGCGGCCGGCGCCCUCGCUGCAGCACGCGCACGCCGUCGUGGCGAUGUUGGCGCGCGAGGCGUACGCACCACUUCUGCCGUUGCCAUGCUACCUGCCGCCGGCGCCGCUGCUCGCGCUGCCCCGCCCGCCGCCUGCCGCGCUGCGUCCCGUGCCUUUGCCGCCGCGCAUCGCCGAGAUCACCGAACCCAGGGGAAAGAGAUCCAGGAACGGCUUCUCCAUCGAAUCUAUAAUUGGCAGCCAAGAGGAGGGAGUGGUGGAGCCGCGGCGGAGCGCGUUCUCGCCGCUGCACUUGUCCGCUGCGCCGCCCGACGACUGGGCCAGGUGAAUGUGUCUUAAUGGGUGCGUUUUGAGUCCUCCUCUCUAUUCAAACGAGCCCGUAGACAAUUAGAGAUACGACAGUGUGUGAACGCUACGAUUCACGACCGUGUCUUCAGUGCCGUGACUUUGUCGGGAAACUAUCAGUAAAUUUCGUUCGUAAUGACGACCAAAAUCAAACUUAAUGAACCAGUAUCUACUUAUUUUUGUAAGCGAAUGCACGAUUAUUAAUCUGUGAAAGUAAAACUCUUGAUUGGAAGCAGU